AUGCGAUUUGUUUGCCACUGUACACAGCUUCCGCCGCUAAAGAACAUGGAAGACGCCAAUGAUUACGACAUCGAAAAAGACAUUCCCACCAUCGAAGAACUGGAAAAGCUGGGGGAAGUGCAGUACCGGGAAGUGUGCUGGGAUCUGAAGGAAAGGGGCACCGUCGGCGAAACGGCGUUACAUCUAUGUUUGCUGAACGCUACGUCUAUACACGCAGACUUGGCCAAAAGGCUGUUGCAUUUCUAUCCAAAGCUCGUAAAUGACAUUUACAUGAUUGACGAGUAUUACGGAGAGAGCGUGUUGCACAUGGCCAUCGUCAACGAAGAUCCGGCCAUGGUGAAGGUACUGAUGGACAGUGGGGCAGACCUGAACGAACGGUGUUUCGGGAACUUCAUGAGCACCGAAGAUCAAAAGGCUUCUAGAUCGGAUUCUCUCGACCACGAAUGGGUGAACCUGUGUCCCGACACAAAUUAUGAAGGGUACGUGUACUGGGGCGAAUAUCCACUGUCAUUUGCAGCGUGUCUCGGCCAGGAGGAGAGCUACCGUUUGAUGUUGGCGAGAGGCGCUGACCCAAAUAACCAGGACACCAACGGCAAUACGGUUCUGCAUAUGCUCGUAAUUUACGAAAAAAUCUCGACGUUCGACAUGGCCUACGAAAUCGGGGCGGAACUCAACAUUAGGAACGUGCAAAAUUUGACGCCACUCACGCUGGCCGCGAAACUGGCCCGGAUCCAAAUGUUCUUUCACAUACUCAAAAUCGAACGGGAAAUUUAUUGGCAAAUCGGCAGUAUCACUUGUGCCGCGUACCCCCUAACUCAAAUUGACACCAUCGACAAUGACACGGGGCAGAUCAGCAGAAACUCGGCACUCAAUUUGGUCGUAUUUGGAGAAAGUCCGGAACACUUGGAGAUGAUGGACGGUGUGUUGGUGGAUCUGCUAAAUGCCAAAUGGAACGCUUUCGUGAAAUUCCGGUUCUACAGGCAGUUCAUCUUGUUUGCGUUUUACUUUUCCAUAUCCAUGGUGUGCUUCGUGCUGCGUCCCGGACCGCCGCCCACCGGUCUUAAGCCGCCAUUAAUCAACUACACUUCCACGUCGACCACGGUGGCCACCACGCCGUUUGACUUCAUGGACAACGAGUCGAUGUUGCCCGACAUGUACGACGAGAUGAUGAUCGGCGGUGGCGGUCAGACCGAGUUGGACGCGGUGCAGGCAACCACGGAAAUGGCAACGGCCAGCGACAACGCGACGACGACCAACAACGGUAGCGGUAUCGGAACGCCACUGAUCUACGAGGACGGCCGAGGUGGUGGUACCGUGAGCUUGCACGGGAAGAGUUCGGGUUCGGACAGGGGCAAACACAGGAGCACGUGGAAUCCGGCCAACCAUACGUUCAAGACCAACUACACGUACAACUACAACAAAGUAGGCGGCACGCGAGACACCAUAAUAUUAUAUAUUAUAAUAAUACACAUUGCGAUAAGUCAUGAUCACGUCGCUUGGCGCGUCGGAAUGUACGGUGGAAUAAUAUAUGCGGGUAGAUAG